GAAAGCGCGCGAAUUUAUGACGAGUGCAGUUUUUUGUUCAAUUAAAAGUAAAAAAAAUUAAGUCUCAUUAAAUUUGUCACAUUAUUGUUAUAUUUCUACACUCUAUAUUUUAUAAGGGCGAAAUGGAUGAUACAUACAGAUUUACUGGUAGAAGGAGAAUUUUAAAACCUUCUCAACAAAAACCUGAAACACCUUUGAAACAUUUAUUGAAUUUGCCAAAAAGGCUUAAAGAUAAAAUCAUUGAAAAAAGUAGUUCCAUGUGGAAAUACCCAUUCAAAAGAAACACAUUAAAACGAAAAUCAAAUCACGACGAAACCAGUAAAAAUCCACGUUUAAAAAAGUACAGAUGUGAAAGCAGUAAACAAAAUUCUGAAUAUAGGGAAAUUAGUAUGGCCGUUAUACAUACAAAAUAUCCAGAAUUAGAUUUGGGCGAAGAACAAGCAGAUUUAAUUGAAGAAAAUAUCCUGAAUAGUAUUAAAUAUGUUCGUCAACCUCACAGAAGUCAAUUAAACAUUAUAGAAAUGAAAUAUAAAGAAGGGAUACUGUAUAUAACAUGUGGAAAUCAUGCAACAGUUAACUGGAUUUGGGAAACUGUCCAUUCUGUGGGGGAUACCCAUAGGGGGAGGUUAUUGAGAGUUAUCGAAUCCAGAUAUUUACCAUACAAACCAAAAACUAAGUCCAGCAAGGACUAUUUUAAUAUAAGUGGAUUGUUAUUAUUUUAAAUGAUCCUUAAUUUUGUCAAAUAACUGCGAAACUUUUACUUAAAAUAAGUUAAUCACUUUUGUAACAUUAUAUCUUGAAUUUUACACUUACAAUUUUUUUGUCUUACCUGUACAUAAAUACAAACUAAAGCUCACUUGUGUAUAAAUCUCAAU